AUGACUGAACUUCAGUACAAUGCCAUUGAGGACUACGGCCUGGUCGGGGACAUGCACACCUGUGCCCUGAUUAGCAAGGCUGGUAGCUUGGAUUACAUGUGCUGGCCAGUCUUUGACUCUCCUACCGUUUUCUGUCGCCUGUUGGACGACAAGAAAGGAGGGUUCUUCUCCGUGAAGCCCUACAAGACGGUGGUCGAUGCCCACAGCAAGCAGCGGUAUCUUCCAUACUCGAACCUGCUCGAAACUAGGUGGACCAACGAGGAUGGCGUCGCGACAUUGCUGGACUACUUUCCCGUCACACCUAAAAAGGGUGUGCAGCAGUCCCGGUUGUUGUCAGGAUACUGUCCUUGCAACGAACCGGGGACCAACCGCUUCAAGUCGGGUCUGCAGCACUCGGGCCUGAUCAGAAAGCUGGAGUGUAGCCGUGGCUCAAUGGAACUGCAAGUGCAGAUGUUCCCGGCUUUUAAUUAUGCUCGGGACCCGCACAACACCCGUGCCAAGCUGGACAAUGACAUGUCCAAGCACCGGCUGCAGACCGUCCACUUCGAGAGUGAGACAGAGCGGCUGCAACUCGAGAUCUUUGCCGAUUCACGAGAGCCAGAUAAGCUUGGUUUCCCCUCGGCGUCUUUGAAACUGGAGGAACGAGAUGGCCUCCGUGGCCGCGGAUUUGUGGCCUGGAUCCGUUUGUCGGAGGGGCAGACCAUCCAUCUGGUCUUGCACAGUCCCGAGAAGUCUGUCCCCAGCUCGGCCACCAUGGGAGCCUACCUCACGAAAAUGGAGGAGGAAACCUCUGACUAUUGGACUGACUGGACACGCAAGUGUCAAUUCCGUGGUCAUUACCGCGAGACCGUCGAGCGCAGUCUCCUCAUUCUGAAGCUGUUGACCUACAAGCCCACGGGUGCAAUUAUCGCGGCGCCCACGUUCUCGCUCCCCGAAAAUGUAGGAGGCGCCAGAAACUGGGAUUAUCGGUACUCCUGGGUGCGUGACACAGCCUUCACGUUGUAUGUCUUUCUCAAGAUGGGCUACAGCCAAGAAGCGGAAUCGUAUGUCAAUUUCAUCUUCGAGCGGAUCUUCCCACAUGCUUCCCAGGACCUUGAUCCCAAUAGCAAGAAACCUUUCUUGCCGCUGAUGUUCACCAUCCGGGGAGAGUACGACAUUCCGGAGGUGGAACUGGACCACCUCGAUGGGUACAAAGGCAGCAAGCCUGUUCGCGUCGGCAAUGCUGCCGUCUUCCACACGCAGCUGGACAUAUACGGCGAAUUGUUGGACAGUAUCUACCUGUACAACAAGCACGGAAACCCCAUCACCUAUGACCAGUGGAACUCUAUCCGGCGUAUGAUCAACUACGUCCUCGGUGUUCGAAACCACAAGGAUAUGUCCAUUUGGGAAUCGCGUGGCCAGGUCCAAAACUUCAUCUAUUCGAAGAUCAUGAUGUGGGUGGCCCUGGAUCGCGGAAUUCGCCUUGCGGAGAAGCGUUCUAGCCUGCCAUGCCCGGAUCGUUUUGAAUGGAUCAAGGUCCGGGACGAUAUGUACGACGAAAUAAUGACCAAGGGGUACAACGAAGAGCGCGGCCAUUUCUGCCAGAGUUAUGAGAGUCCAGAGGUCCUGGAUGCAUCCAUAUUGAUUGCGCCCUUGGUGUUUUUCGUUGCGCCAAAUGAUCCGCGAUUCAUCAGCACCCUCAGGAGGAUUCUGCAAAGCCCCGAGCAUGAGGGUCUGUCCAGCGCCAAGAUGGUGUUCCGAUAUGACCAUGAGAAAGCCAACGACGGUAUGGCAGGGGGUGAGGGUGCCUUCAUCAUGGUAACCUUCUGGCUUGUUGAAGCCAUGGCUCGUGCUGCCAAAUAUGACGUGCCCAUUCCAAACAUCUGGAAACUCGCACUUUCGCACUUUGAUAACAUCCUGUCCUACGCGAAUCACUUGGGCAUGUUCUCUGAAGAAGUGGCCAUUUCUGGUGAGCAGAUGGGCAACUCCCCACAGGCUUUCAGCCAUCUGGCUUGUGUCAGCGCUGCAAUUAAUCUGGGAAGAAUUGGAGGUGGCAGCUAA